GAGUCAUGAGCAGGGAAAAUCCUGUGAGAUUCAGCACAGACCAGAAAGAGAGCAAGGAAACCAGCCAGGGGAGAAAAUGGGUAAAUUUAUUUCCUGUCGGGGAACUCAGAAGAGCGUCAAGGAAACCACAACACAGCAGGAAAUCGUCAUGGGAAAGAGGAAAAAUACAUGCACUGAGUGUGGGAAAACCUUCACUUGCAGCUCAGACCUUUCUCAACAUCAGAGAAUCCACACAGGGAAGAAGCCCUAUGAAUGCCAUGAGUGUGGGAAAACCUUCACUUACAGAUCAAAUCUUCUUAAUCAUAAGAGAAUCCACACAGGGGAGAGGCCCUAUGAAUGUCGUGAGUGUGGGAAAAGCUUCACUCGCAGCUUGCACCUUCUUAUCCAUCUCAGAAUCCACACAGGAGAGAGGCCCUUUGAAUGCAGUGAGUGUGGGAAAAGCUUCACUCGCAGCUUUCAGCUUACUAGGCAUCAGAGAAUCCACACAGGGGAGCGGCCCUAUGAAUGCCGUGAGUGUGGGAAAAGCUUCACUUGCAGCUCAAACCUUUCUCAACAUCAGAGAAUCCACACAGGGAAGAAGCCCUAUGAAUGCCAUGAGUGUGAGAAAAGCUUCACUAGCAGCUCAGGCCUUUUUCAACAUCAGAGAAUCCACACAGGGGAGAGGCCCUUUGAAUGCAGUGAGUGUGGGAAAAGCUUCACUCAGAGCUUUUGCCUUACUAGGCAUCAGAGAAUCCACACAGGGAAGAAGCCCUAUGUAUGCAGUGUGUGUGGGAAAAGCUUCACUCACAGCUUUUGCCUUUCUCAACAUCAGAGAAUCCACACAGGGGAGAGGCCUUUUGAAUGCAGUGAGUGUGAGAAAAGCUUCACUUGCAAGUCAAGCCUUAUUACCCAUCUCAGAAUCCACACAGGGGAGAGGCCCUAUAAAUGCAGUGAGUGUGGGAAAAGCUUCAGUUGCAAUUCAAACCUUAUUAUGCAUCUCAGAAUCCACACAGGGGAGAGGCCCUAUAAAUGCAGUGAGUGUGGGAAAAGCUUCAUUGACAGCUCAGCCCUUUCUAAACAUCAGAGAAUCCAUACAGGAGAGAGGCCCUAUGAAUGCAGUGAGUGUGGGAAAAGCUUUAUUACCAGCUCAGAACUUUCUGUUCAUCAGAGAAUCCACACAGGGGAGAGGCCCUAUAAAUGCAGUGAGUGUGGGAAAAGCUUCAAUUGCAAUUCAAACCUUCUUAUCCAUCUCAGAAUCCACACAGGGGAGAGGCCCUAUAAAUGCAGUGAGUGUGGAAAAGGCUUCUCUAGCAGCUAUCACCUUACUAGGCAUCAGAGAGUCCACACAGGGGGGGGGGCCCUAUGUAUGCAGUGAUUGUGGGAAAAACUUCAUUCACCGCCAGCAGCUUAUUAGCCAUCAGAGAACCCACAAAGGUAUCAGACCAAUGGAAGCAGUGAGUGUGGGAAAACCUUGUCUUGCCACUGAGCCCAUGUGAGCUGUCAGAGAAUCUGCAAGGGGGAUCAACACCAUAAAACCCUCUAGGGCUAUCAAUACGUUAAUACUUUCCUGAUUCCCACAGAGUAACUUUUAAAAGCUGUUUGAAGCACCGAUAUCCCUCAGCUUGCCCAGAUAAGUGAGUGGUCCAUUUUUGCAUUUUGCAGUUUGACCUCUUUGAGGUGGACUCAUUUGUCCUUUCUAUCAACUCCAUUCUCCCAUGAGUAAUUCUAGUGUGCCCUUCCUAUCAGGAACCAGGGAGCAUCACAUUUAUACCAGUCCUCCUAUUGCAAAGUUAUUGUUAGUCACCAGUGCUACAGAUUGUAUCAUUGCCAAUUGUUCUCAUGCUGUGCUGAAGAGCAGUUAUAAUGGGAACUUUUCAUAUUACAUUUAAAUGAAGAAGAGCAGGGGCAGGAAAAAAAUGUCAUUUCAGCCUCUGUGCCACAGGACUCUUUGUCAUGUGUUACAGAUCCAUAUUAACACAGCUACCCCUCUGAUACUUGGAAGGAGAUGGGGUGACUCAGAGAUUACCUCCUUUCCCAUCAUGGCAGAACUGUUACCUUUUGUCUGAGCCAGGCAGAGUUUAUCGUCAUCACAUUCUACCCCUCCACUUCUCAAAGUGUCAUGGGAUGAAGUGUUCUCAGUUGUCUGUGCUUGGAGAUGAUGCUUUGACUUAUUUAAUCCUAUACCAGAGUUGCUGUGAUUGGAGAUGAAAGUAUCAAAGACCGAGAAGGGGAAUUCAAAUGGAUCCUAAAUGCAGUGUGAUCAUUUCGAGUUUAAAUCUCAGGUUCCAUCUAUUGGUCAAGCCAGUUCUGGCAAGGUGGCUGCUUUUCCCCCCAUUAUGGAAAGCUAUGAUACUAAACAUGUUGUAAAUAACUUAACUGACUGUUGAGACAGUGCUCAGUGAAAUAUCUCUGAAUGGAUCAGAGGAGAAUGUGGUGGGAGAAUCUCUUUUCCUGAUUCUAAAUACUUAGAUGGAACCUGCUCUGGAAUUUCAAUUUACAUUUUCAUUGUCAUGUAUUCUAUCUCUCUGUGAUCUGGGUUUCUCUCUUUCUUGAUGACUAUGUGGUCACACAAUUAGAUAUUAGUUCAGCUCAGAUUUAUUGGAGAAUUUAAGACAAAUGACCAUUUGCUGAAGUCAUCAUUUCUCACUUAAGCUUUGCUUUUUCCCCAUCCUUCCGUGAUAAUACGGAGAAAGUUCAAGUGCAGUUCUCUCAAUAGGAGAGGACUCUCCAAUUUUCUGGCCAUGCUAACAAAGACACAGCAGUGACUUAAAAUCUCCACUUGGAAAUGUUGAAAAACAGCAGACCCGACUAACUGAAGGAAGUGCAUAUGACCACAGUGUAGUUCAAUUGUUGAAAUCAAUAUUGUCUCAAAUGGCUAUGUUGACAGGCGAAGGCCUCCUGCUGAUGUCAUGCUAUCUACACAGGGGAUUAGAGAUGUGUAACUACGUUGCUCACCUGUGUCAAUUUUUCACACCCCUGAGCAAUAAUUAUACCGAUAAAUGUCUUUAGUGUAAUCCAGACAGCUUUCUCUUGUAUUUUCUGCAUUUGUAUUACUUCUCCCCUACUUCCUACUGUUCCAAAAGAUGUAAAGUGUGGAAAAGAGGUAUUUUUCCUCAUGAUGCUAACAUUCCCCCUUCCACCAACACGCGUGGCAGAAGAACCAGAGAGAUAUGAACUCACAGAAGUGUUGGGACAAAGCACAACUUGAGCCAAGGUUCAGUUGUUGGCAAUGGGGAUUAAAAGAAAACUAACAUAUGU